AUGCCUCCGUUUAUCUAUGUUGUGCCGGAAAUCUUGUCGGAUGAGGAGCCUGAUGACGAUUUCCAAGAACCUGUGGACGAAAUCCGAAACGACGAAAUCACUCAAGAAGAGAGGAACACUAAAAAGGGAAUCUUUUGA